CAGGGCCCGCUGCACUGUGGGUAGGCGGCGGCAGCGGCGGCGGCGCGGAGCGGCAGGCGGCGAAGCGAGGCCGCGCGCGCGGAAGAUGGCUGAGAAGCAGAAGCACGACGGGCGGGUGAAGAUCGGACACUACGUGCUGGGCGACACGCUGGGCGUCGGCACCUUCGGCAAAGUGAAGAUUGGAGAACAUCAAUUAACAGGCCAUAAAGUGGCAGUUAAAAUCUUAAAUAGACAGAAGAUUCGCAGUUUAGAUGUUGUUGGAAAAAUAAAACGAGAAAUUCAAAAUCUAAAACUCUUUCGUCAUCCUCAUAUUAUCAAACUAUACCAGGUGAUCAGCACUCCAACAGAUUUUUUUAUGGUAAUGGAAUAUGUGUCUGGAGGUGAAUUAUUUGACUACAUCUGUAAGCAUGGACGGGUUGAAGAGAUGGAAGCCAGGCGGCUCUUUCAACAGAUUCUGUCUGCUGUGGAUUACUGUCAUAGGCAUAUGGUUGUUCAUCGAGACCUGAAACCAGAGAAUGUCCUGUUGGAUGCACACAUGAAUGCCAAGAUAGCUGAUUUUGGAUUAUCUAAUAUGAUGUCAGAUGGUGAGUUUCUGAGAACUAGUUGCGGAUCUCCAAAUUAUGCAGCACCUGAAGUCAUCUCAGGCAGAUUGUAUGCGGGUCCUGAAGUUGACAUAUGGAGCUGUGGUGUUAUCUUGUAUGCUCUUCUUUGUGGCACCCUCCCAUUUGAUGAUGAGCAUGUACCUACAUUAUUUAAGAAGAUCCGAGGCGGUGUCUUUUAUAUCCCAGAAUAUCUCAAUCGUUCUGUCGCCACUCUCCUGAUGCAUAUGCUGCAGGUUGACCCACUAAAACGAGCAACUAUCAAAGACAUAAGAGAGCAUGAAUGGUUUAAACAAGAUUUGCCCAGUUACUUAUUUCCUGAAGACCCUUCCUAUGAUGCUAACGUCAUUGAUGAUGAGGCUGUGAAAGAAGUGUGUGAAAAAUUUGAAUGUACAGAAUCAGAAGUAAUGAACAGUUUAUAUAGUGGUGACCCUCAAGACCAGCUUGCAGUGGCUUAUCAUCUUAUCAUUGACAAUCGGAGAAUAAUGAACCAAGCCAGUGAGUUCUACCUCGCCUCUAGUCCUCCGUCUGGUUCUUUUAUGGAUGAUAGUGCCAUGCAUAUUCCCCCAGGCCUGAAGCCUCAUCCAGAAAGGAUGCCACCUCUUAUAGCAGACAGCCCCAAGGCAAGAUGUCCAUUGGAUGCACUGAAUACGACUAAGCCCAAAUCUUUAGCCGUGAAAAAAGCCAAGUGGCAUCUUGGAAUCCGAAGUCAGAGCAAACCAUAUGACAUUAUGGCUGAAGUUUACCGAGCUAUGAAGCAGCUGGAUUUUGAAUGGAAGGUAGUGAAUGCAUACCAUCUUCGUGUAAGAAGAAAAAAUCCAGUGACUGGCAAUUACGUGAAAAUGAGCUUACAACUUUACCUGGUUGAUAACAGGAGCUAUCUUUUGGACUUUAAAAGCAUUGAUGAUGAAGUAGUGGAGCAGAGGUCUGGUUCCUCAACACCUCAGCGUUCCUGUUCUGCUGCUGGCUUACACAGACCAAGAUCAAGUUUUGAUUCCACAACUGCAGAGAGCCAUUCACUUUCUGGCUCUCUCACUGGCUCUUUGACCGGAAGCACAUUGUCUUCAGUUUCACCUCGCCUGGGCAGUCACACCAUGGAUUUUUUUGAAAUGUGUGCCAGUCUGAUUACUACUUUAGCCCGUUGAUCUGUCUCUAGUUUCUUUCUGUUAUUGCACUAUGAAAAUCAGAUAUAUUCUUUAAAUUUUUAUCUUACUUUUGGAUAAUAUCCACUGCAAUACUAAUUGAGAGACAUGAAUUAUAUCCAGGGGACACACAAUGCUAUUGAAAUUACUGAAAACAAAAUAUCUGACAUCUUAUUUACUUGUAGAAAUCUGUAAUUCUAUUGUGCCUAUGAUAAAUUCACAUAGGCAGUAUCUUUAAUAGGUUAAUAUCGAUGAAGAUUUUUAAUUACAAUAAUGAGUUCACUACGGAUGAUUAACACACCACACUGGCGAACCAUCUCAAUGUAAGGGUGGUUUGGCAACACCUCCUUGCUUUACUGUUUGGUGUAGGUAAAUCCAGUUUACUUCCUAAAUUUCAGUAGGCUUUAUGCUGUGUUUAUGCCCCCAAUUUAUUUUAACAAAAGAAGAUUAAAAAGUAAAAGAACCACGAGUAAGAUAUUAUUUAAAUGUUGAAAUCUUAAAAACCUGCCCCCAAGGUUUCAGAAGCCAAGUUCUUUUAACAGUAUUUUUACAAAUACUGCCUAGUAUAUUCAACAGAAGGACUGUGGUCAUGUCACAGGUAACCACAAUUUUCAGGUUUCUUAAAAGCAGCUGUAACUGACUCAGUAUUUUAUCUUGAGAUUUCCCUGAAUAAUAUAUUUAUCUUAAGAGCAUUCGAGUUUCAAAUUAGUAUUGGAACACCUGGAAUUGCAACAACUUUUGUCUUUUACAUAUACUUACAUCUUUUAAAAAAUGUCUUCAAAACCUACCUUUCUCAAAUUCUUUUGGCUCUAUUUAUUUUUGCAUUUCACCAAACAGUGAUAAAAUAGUUAAAUGAAAAAAAGCAAGGUAUCAACAGUCCCUUAAAUGAGAAUUAUCUUUGAUCUUUAUUUUGUGUGUUAGAUGUUAGGGUCCUGGUGCAUCUCAUAAUGCUGAUUCUUCAUGGCAAGCCACUCCCUUCACCCCACCUAUCCUAGUCACUCUUGUCUUUGUUCAUUGUUUGAUCCUCAGUGGUUGGUGGGUACAGCUUUGAAUCUUUUCUAGUUCCAAGUUUGAAAACACUCUUCUGGCCCUAAGGGCUUUCGUACACUUCCAAAGCUUGAUAGGCUAUGACCUUCACUGUUGAACCUGAUAGGGCAGGGAAGCUUUGAACAUCAAGAAAAAAUUUUUCUCUUCAAUAAAUAAAUAUGUGUAUUCACACACCAGUGCUUUUAAGCAAAAACCAGUUUUUGUUUUGUUUUGUUUUGCUUUGUGCAGGUUUUUUUAAGAUUAAAAAAACACAAACUAUAGCAGGGUAGAUAAUAGUUUAUGAUUAUAUUUUGUUUUGUUUUAGUAAAAGUAUUUAAUUUUAAAUUAUGUGUAAUUUAUCUAAUUUGUAUUUAUUUGUUAUUUUUAUGUUGUAAUUAACACUUAUUUACCUGGAUUACCCUAAAAAACAUUAAGCUCUUGAAAACAAAAAAAUUACAUUACCUUGACAGGUUUCUCUUUGACAAAAGUAAUGUAUGUUCUACCAAGAAGCAAAUGAGAAUAUUAGACUAAGUUACUCCUGUGUUAGUGGAAAACAAGUGUGUCUAUCUUUAAAUAUUCUUUGAAUUAGGAGUUUGCAUUGUGUCACAUCAUAUGGCUUUGCAGAUCUUUUAAAAACUGAUGUUAAGUAACUUAUAAGUCCAACUUCUUAAUAUCAAAAUAAAAGAAUCGUUCACCAAUUUGGGAAUGAGGGCGGGUUGCAAUUUGAGAUAGUUUAAAGUUUAAUUAUUGAAAUACUGCCAUCUUGUGGCACCAAAGGGUAAUUUUUACCCUUUGAGAUGCUGUGAUUAUUUGUAUAGAGAUAAGCAGUCCUGCUGUGUUAGUCUGAUGUGCAUUAUAGAUAUGGCAUAUUUUGGGUUCUCCAAAUGGGCACACACCUGUUUUGGGAAAACCAGGGCCACUUCAUAAUAUUGUCCUGAUUAUGAAUGGAAUUACCUUAGAAAUAAGGAACUAAUCAGAUUACUUAACCCUAAUGACAAAAUCCACAAAAAUUUUGAAGGCAGAGAAACAGAAGGAAUCCAGUGGUGUUUUAGCUCCAUUAGUCUCAUCAGAUAUUAAAAAAUUGUUCAUAUCAAAAUUACCUUAUAUGGAUGAUUGCCAUGUUUUGUAAGAGUUAAUUUAUUUACUGUUUUCUAACUCUUGCCGGUAUUUAUGAACAGCUGUAGUUUGAUAUUUACCUACUGAAUUUUAGGAGAACUAAUGGUCACAGUUUGGGUUCUUUUAUGUGUAUGUUUUUAAAACAGCUAUUUUGUGAAUCUAGGUGGUUGGGUUUUAGAGAGAAGAUUUCAGGAGACGCAGUCCAGCACAAUUAGAGCUAAAACAUUGUUACAGCAGGUGUUUUUGUUGCUCAUGGGCAGAUAGAGGGAAAGAAUCAGUUGUUAACCCCAAAUUUCCACAUUUCAGUCUUGUAAACUCUGGAUGUGGUAGGUAAGUGUGGGCUAAGAAUAAUUUCCUCCAGUUAAAACUCAGGAGAAGAGCUUCUAUUAUUAGGUUAUAGAUAAGGCCUUAGUUAUAUCAUGGAAAUGAACUCCAUGUAGUUCUAGAACUGCAUUUCCCAAAGUAUAUCCUGUGAGAUGCCCCACAGAAAAAAGAUUGCAUGGGCUAAGUUUGAAAAAUGUUGCAUGCUACUCUUCCCCUCGAAGAUGACAGUAGAUGUCAGCAUUAAAGACUGACAGGUCUUUCUGUGAAAAAAAAGAAAGCCAUAUAACUGUUGAACUUUGCCCAAAUUAAUUUUUCAUUUUAAAAAACUUAAUAUCCCAUGAAAAAAGGCAAAUUUGGGAAAUACAUUUUUUAGGAAAAUAUUGUCCCAGAAUGCCAUAAUCAGGGUAGUUAAUAACACUUCCUUUUCUCUUACUGGUUGUUGGGAGAGUCUGAUUGAAAAUUAGAAUCAUUUUGUUUUAACUUGCAGACAUGUUCAUCAUGAGUGAAUGCUGGAUUAAAUAGAAUUUUCUAUGUCUGUGACUUGUUUCAUGACAUCUUGGUUUUCUUAAUCAUCUUGUGUUAUUAUUUGAGUGCAACAUUAUUCUUAUGAAUGGGUGACUAAAAAACCUGAAACAAGAUUACUUGUUAAAAAAAAAAGUCUAAGAGACUAGUGACUCAUGCUUAUGGCUCUGUGGGUAAUGAAUCAUCACUGAUUCUUUUAAAAUGUGUAGUCAGUGAACAUCUUCUAAAUACUUUUCUUUGGGAUACCAUAUGAAGAUCUAAUUCCUUAUGUUUCAAUGUAGGAACAGCUACCUUCUCAAAUAGAAUACGCAGGGAGGGAAGUAGGCAAACCAUUUGCAAGUUGGGUUUUUGUUAUGAUUAACCUUUUAGGAGAUGCUUUUAUAAUCUCUAGUGUUUACAUUCCUUUAUACUAGCGAUCUAUAAAAAGAAUCCAGGAGCCUAAAUCAGAAAUAAUCGUGUUUCUAUGUCAAGGUAUUGGCUAUAUGUAGCACAAACAAUUCUCCAUUUUCUGCAAAUGGGUUUUUCAGUUUUAUAAUUCUGGGUUUGCUUUUUCUUAUUCCCUAGCCAGUUUGUACUCAGGGAAUACAAAUUGGUUUUUUUUGUUAAAUGAGACAUAGUUUAGAAAAUAAUCAUAAACAACUAUUAUAGAUUUUUGAUCUAUUUGGAUUUAUCUGUAGCAUCGAAUAAUGUGCAGUAUACUGAGUUAAUGUAGGCAUCUCACUUUCCAUUUAUAAAAUGUAAAAACCUGGAACAUGCCUGCCACAGACACCACUUUGUCUAUUCACUGGUUAAUAAUUUACAUCCUAUUAAUGGUUGUAAAAUCUCAGUAUCUAAAUGCUAGACAUGUUCACAAUUUUGUCUGUUUUUGUUUAUUUGUUUUUAAAGACCCAAACCUUUUCAACCUUGCAUUUAUUUACUUGGUUCUCCUGUGUCACCCUGUGGCUUUUAAAAUAGGAAAUGUAAUUUAUUUUAAUAGUAGUUCUCAAAGACUCUACUAAAAACUCUGGAUGAGGGAUAUGUGCAAUCUGUUGGUAAGUCACAUCCUAUGUUUGGCCUCAUUUUUAUAACUCCUAAAAUGAGAGAGGUAGAUUUUAACACUUCUAAGGUACUUUUGAGCUUUAAAGUUCUUUUCUGCUUUUUCAUAUGAUUUGUGUUAGUGUUCACUUUUUAUAUAUUUAGAGUUUUUAUACUAGUGUGAAUGUUUCUGUUUUGAUUUGGUGAGGCAUGUCAAAGGUAUAUACUUGAAUAUUUUUCUAAAUACAGCUGCCAGAGAAAUGCAAAUGGCAAAAAUCAUCUAGAAAUCCAAACAUGGUGAAACAUCAUGUCCAUUUGGCAUGAAGCAAAGCGUUACAAAUUUGGAGUGAUGAAAGUGUUCCAUAUAUUUUUUAUAGUGAUUUUUCGAUCUAGAGACCCUUCACAUUGUUUACUUACUAUUACAGUAACUUUGGGAGGAAACCAGAGAAAGCAUUUUUGCCAUUUCCAGAUGAGGAAGCAGGACCAGAAAGCUCGUCAUAAAGCUUUAACACCAUACAAGUAUCCAGCAGUGAUCAAUCGCUCUUUAUAGGAAACCACCUUUCCUCUGGGGAAGAACAGUCUGAAUUAAUAAAACAUCAGAGUGGUUGAGUAAUAAAAAUAAAUACAGAUGUUUUGCUUUCAAGUCUUAGAGUGACAUAAAGUAGUCUUAAAUAAAUAGUUCUUAGUUUAUUUUAACCAGUUGAUUGUACUAACAAGAUGUAAUUAUCUGAAAUAUUUAUGAUUAGCAUAUUGGUUUUUAUAAGUAUUUCUAAGUUAUUGAGGGUGCUUAAAAAUACUGAAGAAACUUUAAGACAUGAUUCUUCUCAUAAUUUUAUGUGAUUCUUAUAGCACAAUCAUUUUUCAAGAUGGAAAACUAGGCCGGGCAUGGUGGCUCAUGCCUAUAAUCCCAGCACUUUGGGAGGCCGAGGUGGGUGGAUGACUUGAGGUCAGGAGUUUGAGACCAGCCUGGCCAACAUGGUGAAACCUUGUCUCUAAUAAAAGUACAAAAAUUAUCCGGUGUGGUGGCAGGCUGCUUGUAAUCCCAGCUACUCGGGAGGCUGAGGCACAGGAAUCUCUUGAACCUGGGAGGCAGAGGUUGGAAUAAGCCAAGUUCAUGCCACUGCAUGCCAGCCUGGGUGACAGCACAAGAGUCUGUCUCAAAAAAACGAAAAAGAAAAGUAGCUUCAGUCCCUGUCUAAAUUGUUAUAGUUUUUGACUAUUAUCUGAAAUAGUCUUAUCCAAAUUUCAUAUGCAGAUUGAUAAUUUUUCAUUUUGUAUGUAUAUUAGAUGAUAUAACUAUUUUCAUAGAAUACUUUUCUAAUUUAUAAACACUGAAUUAUUAUUAGCUUGAUAGAGUUUCUCCCAAACCUUAUAAAAUUUUGUAACGUACUUAUGUUUGAGCUUUAAAAAUUAUAAAAACUUCUUUUAAACAAGUUGCUGGCAUCCUUACUAGCCUUUCCACCUAUAAUUAUGAUGCAUUUGAUGCCACUGAACAGUAAUAGCACAAAGAACAGGUCUCACAGUCUAGACUGGAUUGAGUUUUAAUUAAACUUCUUCAGCCAUAGCCUGAUAAGAAUCAGGCUGGGUCUAGAAGAGUUAUCAGACUGUAGGCCUGUAUUAAUUUUGCAAGCUAAUGUUAAUGUUUACUGCCAGCCUUGCAUAGCAAUGCCAGUUUGCAGUUGUGACUAUGUGUGUGACUUUUGGUAAAAAUAGUUUAUAUCUAAAGUAGUUUAGAUUUUAUGGAAGUGGCUCUUGAUGGUUUGGACAAGCAGGGUAGGUAAAUUUCAAUUACAUUUAAAGUGUAAUUAAAUCCUAGAAUAGAGCACUCUCCAGAAAAAAAGUAAGAAUUUGGAGAAUAUCCUGGCAUAAAAACGUUUUUGAAUAAUACAUAGAAUUUUGACAAGGUUCACACAGUGCACACAGUGUGACCUUUUUUGAGGCGGGCAGGGGGGGUUGCUGCUUCGUAUUGAUUUAAAAUUUCAAGGAGGAACAAAAACAUUCUAGCCAAGGAGAAUUGCACUGUUAAUUUUUUUCUACUAAUUUAAACGUGCAUUUUUCACAGUUACAUAUUUCUUUAAAAUAAGUUUUGCUAUCAAAAAUAGCAAUUUUUCUAGACAGAUAACAUUUUCCUAAAGUGGAAAAGAAAGAGAUCCACUGUUCUAAAAAACAAACAAACAAAACACUAAAUUGUGCCUUCUCCCUUAAAUUAUAAGAAGAGUAAUAGUAAAACUUGUUUAAACUAUGUUUUCUUUUUUUCUAAUCCCUCUCAGUUCUCCUUAGAUCUGCCUCCUACAAAUGAUCAUGUUUGCAUCUGCCUGAUUGAGUUCCUUGGUCCAGCCUCUCACUAUCACUAUCAGAAGUUGUUCACUAAAUGUAUUUCCCUACUUCUUUCAUGUUGAUUGACUUUAUAAGUCACAUUGGUAAACAUAACAUUUGGCUACCUUCUUAUGCUUUAAAAAUUAAUGCAAUGAAUGGCAGUUUUUAUAUUUUAACCCUUUAAAAAGUUUGUCAAGGAAACAACUCAGAGCUAAGAACAAAAUCUAACUUGGAAUCAGUUUCUUCCUUUGGCUGCUGAAGCAGCAGCAAGUCACAUAACCUCAUUUAGUUUUUCCAUUUACAAAAUGUGGAUGAUAACCUACCUCACAGAUGUGUGUGAGCAACUGUUUGGAAGCCCUUGUUUAAAUACAGGGUUUAUAUCCCCACAUUCAAUGUAAAUUCCUUUUUUUAAAAAAAUAAGUAUCUUUGAUAUUGAUAAGUAUCUUGAUUUUUAGGUAAGAUCACAGUUUCACAAAUUGUGGUGUUCUUAGGUGACAUUUAGUCUUUCUUGAGACCUCAAGUAUUCAAAUAUCAAACUUGUCCUGUGUUGUAACAAAUAUUCAGAAUCUCUUAAAAUGUUGGCUGGAGCUGCCUUAACGUACCAAAAUACAGCUCUCAAGACUGUUCACAAAUAUCUGUGGUUGUACAAUGUUUUGAACAUUUAAUGUAAAGUUGUUACAGAACUGUGAACUCUAAGGAUAGUAUCUUUAUUAUUUUAAGAAGAAUGGUUGUGUUCUUUGUCAUGUAUGCUUAAAUAUACAGUGGAUUUUGAGUGCAACAAAUAAAACUGAAAAUUAACAGCCA